ACAACUCAUUGUUUACAAAUGGCGACCAAGUGGGUAGUUUCUCAAUGAAUGACAGUGACAGUUAGUUUCAGACCAGCAUAAAUAGACCAGCAAGAAUGUCAUCAAGUCGAUCACCAACUCCAGUGAGUUCCGUGUCAGCAUUUUCCAAGUUGCCUCCAAUCAUCACAAGUGAGGCCGACCGCGACUUCCUCCAUGAACUCAGCUCGUACAUUGACCGAGAGAUGGGCAAAAUACAUUCUGAUGAUGAAGAACAACGUUACAUUGUGUACAAAGGAGUUUUUAAUAAAGUUAUUGAGCAUGUGGUAGCUUACAAGCCUCUUCUGACUGAUAUAAAGAAGGAAUAUGAAGACACAAUUGGUGCCAUCAGGAAGGGGCAGAGGGAAGCAGUAUUUCUUCAGGAGAAACUUAAGGCAAUGGCCUCGGAGCCUUCCACUAUUCGCAAUUAUAAGAAACGAGCUGAUGAACUGGAAGAAAGAAUUUCCAUUGUACAGAAGGACAAUGGCCGCUUGGAAGCUGAAUUGUCUCAGCUAAAAGCUGCAUGUAUGGAAAGAGAGAAGAAAGAAGAGAAGAAGGAGAUUCCAAAACCACAUCUCAAGAAAGACAGACGACAGAUUCCAGGUCUGACCUUGGAUGAGUCAACCGACCUGAAGGUGUUGUACCGUAAGCUGGAGAAGCUGGAGCGACAGAUGAAGGAGCUAAACAUCUGUUACAAGACGCGGUAUGUCAGCAAGACCCACAAGCAAGAGUUGAAGGAGGGGCUUGACAACAAGGUCGCACACAGAGACCACCUCCUGUGGCAGAGUCAGGUGUACCGAGAGAAGAGAAUGAGGCUGAAGAUUGCACUAGAAGCUGCUGAGGCAUACAAUCGAGUCAAACCUCCACAUCAGACAGUAGGAGAUGCAGUCAUGCUGGCAUUUGCACAGUUUCAAAGUUCUAGAGCCAAAGAACCAGUAUCCACAGAAGGAGGGGAUGGUCUGAAUCGGGAGGUGACCCCUUCCAAUGUAACAGUUACCACAACAACGUUUGAGGAAGAUGAUCCCAACAAGGAGAAAGAGGCUGAGAUUAUGCUGGAGUACAUAGAGAAAUUUAAUGAGUUGUUUGAGGACGGCAAGUUUGAGGAGGCAGCCGUCCACGCUGCCAACAGUCCGAAGGGUAUACUGAGGACGAGGGCCACUCUGGUCAAGUUCAGGGAGGUGAAGGGCAAGUUCCCUGGCAGGACUCCUCUGCUGAGUUUCUGCGAUGCCUUGAUGUCAUCGGUGAAGGAGGCUGGGUCACGGCCGAAUGAAGCAUUGUCCCUGGAUUGUGUGCUGUGUGCCCUCAAUGAGAACAAGCUGGACCUCCUCUACCACUGGCUGGCUCAGGACAGACUCACCCUGUCCCUGGACGUCGGUCACCACAUGGCCAACCACUGCUCGUGUACCAUCCCCUGUAAAUGUGGCUGCCAAGCAUUGGCCCAGAGUGUCUUCAUGCGCCUUCAGGCACACCGAGACAGUGUCCUGUGUCUCCUGAAACAGGGCCGAGUACAUGCUGGGAUCCAGUUCUCACGCAACAAGGGUGUCCUGUCCACAGAGAACCUGAUGGCCAUGUUGACAGCCUGUCCCUCCCUCAAGCUUGUCCACGCUCUGGUGGAGCAUGUGCCCAUUGACCAAGAGGCUGGACCUCUGCUGCCCCUUGGCGUUGUGCUUCGGACACUGGUAAACAAGGGUCAGACAGACCUGAUUGCCCGGUGCCUUCAGGACCUCAAACAGGGCACAUUACAAGUUGGUGAUGAGACGGCAGAUUCACUGUUCAACGGUGUGUUCCUCGACGCCCAGACCUCCACUGACCACUGGAUAGCCAUCUCCGGACAUCUUCAAAAUAAUGAUUACGAAGACACGGCAGUACAACUGGUUGCUACGGUGACAGUUGUUGAGGCGUUACAGAAAGCAUUAGAGAUCCAUGCCCAUAAGGAACAUGACUAUGUGCAGUAACCAUAGUAACAGACUGUGGUACACUGUGUGUACAAUGUGAUACCUUGUGUGACUGUGAUAUACAAUAUACAUGAUAUACAGCUAUGUUUUAUAUUCCCAAGAAUCAGGGUUCUGUUCCACAAAGUGAUCUUAGUGCUGCAGCUGUUGUAACCUUCCACUUCCAUAACACAGACCUUCCAUGCUUAGGAACCUGGGUGCCGCUGUACAAAACAACCUUAGCGCUAAGAUGACCGUAAGCCAAUGUUAAAUUACAGGAGUUACGAUCACUUAGCACUUACAUCCCUUUGUACAACAACACCCAAGUCAUAAGUUUGAAGUCGGAUAAAAAGCUUAGUUCCUUAUGUUUUUAGACCUUGCCCCACCUCUCCACAGAAAAUUUAAUUCAGAAAAAGUUGAAUUCCUGAGUAAGAGGCUCUUUUGUCGUGCAUUCUAAUGUUUUUUCCUUUUGCAGAACAUUUAUCAGCUGAAGUUUAUUGACUAGCUCUUGAAAAUCAUUUGUAGGCUUUCAAUAGAUCAAAUCUGCCAUUCAUUAUUACCCACUGCGCUUGGAUAUACUACCAGUGCUGGCAAUGUCACACCCUACCUCUUGUGAAGACAGUUGUAUUGAAUGACAGCUCAUCAUAGCAUGUGAAUACAAAUAGGAUCAGAGUUCUUGCUUAGUUUAGUUACUAUAUAAAAAAUAGAAAUCAGUUAUUAUUGUCAGAUGGAAAAGUUGCACCGCAGCCCAAUUAAACUUAAAGAAUAAAGAUUUUUAUCUGACAUCAAACUCUGAACUGGUUCCUGACCACUGUUAUGUCAAGGCGUGAAGCCCAACUCACUCACUACAGCUGUAAUGCUAGGACCGCUUUUUGGAACAUAACCAGGUCAGCUUGAGUGCAAGCAGCUAAAUCUGAUGACUGACUUUGUUAUGUUUUUGUAUUGAUGAGUAAAAACAUUAUUUGUCA